ACUUCCCUUUUAGGCGCUCCCCACGGAAUAGUCGGUUUUGUCUAGAAUGGAGCAGGGAUAUGAAAAACGUCUGUUAGGGUCUCCUUAUAAAUCGCCCAUUAAAACAGUUAGCCCCAUGAAAACUCCAACGAAGGAAAAUUACAUGGACCGAUACAUCCCACUAAGAGCAAAUGCACGUUGGAAAACGUCGACAUCUUUCGAGCAAACAAAUAGUAAUCCAACACGUAAGCUGUUUCAAGCUAGUCGCGGAAAUACUGAUGGGCUCAGUAAUGAUGUUGAUUCUCCUAAUCAGAAUGGCUAUCAAAGUCACGGUCUCGCAUCUUUUACUGGAGAAAGUAACUGGGGAACAUCUGGUAUCAAUUCGGCCGUGCAGGAGCCUGCACCACCCACAGAAGCGAGAGGCUGUGACCUUCUCUCUGCUCUUGUAGCCAAUGAACUUGAGGAAGCUUCAUUAGGUGGGGCUUAUAGCCCUGUGAAUUCAAGAUGCAGUUUCGGCAAUUCCGGCGUUCUGGCAGCUAGAGAAAACAACAAUAUGUUUUCCUUCAAGCUUAGAAGAGAGAGUCCAUGUAAACUGAAAACAUCUCCCUAUACCAUGUCUCCGGUAUCUGAAAAAAGUCAGCAUUUGCUAAAGUUCCCACAAAAACAAGCGCGUAAAAUAUCUCGGGUACCGUAUAAAGUUCUAGAUGCUCCCGAGCUACAAGAUGAUUUUUACCUUAAUCUUGUUGAUUGGUCUUCUCAAAAUGUACUGGCAGUUGGGUUGGGAACAUGUGUUUACUUGUGGAAUGCUUUCACUAGCCAGGUCACUCGUUUGUGUGAUGUUUCUGGAGAAACCGAUGUUAUUUCAUCUGUUGCGUGGUCCAAAAAGGGUAGUCAUUUAGCGAUCGGCACUUACCGUGGUCAUGUUCAAAUAUGGGAUGUAACUAAAACUUCCUGCAUACGCUCACUAAACGGACAUAUCGCUCGUGUCGGUGCUUUGGCGUGGAAUGCUGAUCUUUUGGCAUCUGGCAGCAGAGACCGUUAUAUUCUGUUACGUGAUACACGUGCUUCAGCUAAUUCUGGUGGUGGACCCACUGGUCAUCUUCCUACCACGAAUCCCUCUAAUACUUCUGUAUUAACUGCUGAACUUGCUGAUAGAGAUGAGAUUAUGACUGAUUUCAAUUCCAUUAGUUCACCGAGUCACAUUGAUCAAGUAGAAAGUGAUCCAAACUAUCCACGGGCUUCAACACCUAUGGUAUCGAUCAGUAGUGACCUUCCAGAAGUUGAUCCUCCAAGUACACCAGCUCAAAUGGAUAUAGACAUGCUUGGGUUUCGAGAUACGGAUCAUGCUUCAUCAUGGUCUGCCGCAAGGACGUCAGCAAAUUCCACUGUCACCCAGACUACUGCUUUACAGUCGAUCGAAAAUGGGACAGAUCGUCUUGUUCCUGGAGCAGUACGUGUGCUAAAGGAUCAUAGACAAGAGGUGUGUGGGUUAAAAUGGUCUCCGGACAGCCAGUAUUUAGCAUCAGGAGGUAAUGACAAUCGUCUACUCGUUUGGAGUCAACAUGCACCAUCUACUGGUGGCCCUGUCUUAACUUACGAAGAGCAUGUGGCCGCUGUCAAAGCAAUUGCAUGGUCUCCUCAUCAACAUGGGUUACUCGCAAGUGGAGGUGGUACAGCUGAUCGUUGUAUUCGAUUUUGGAAUACAUUAACUGGUCAGGCUUUACGUAGCGUUGAUACUGGAAGUCAGGUUUGUAAUAUUGCCUGGUCCAUACAUAGUAACGAAUUGGUCAGUACACAUGGUUACUCACAGAAUCAAAUUCUUGUUUGGAGAUAUCCUAGUCUAACACAGUUAGUCAAAUUGGUUGGGCAUUCAUAUCGUGUGCUGUACUUAGCAAUCAGUCCAGAUGGUGAGAACAUAGUAACUGGUGCAGGAGAUGAAACACUUCGCUUCUGGAAUAUAUUUACUAAAGCCAAAACUCCAAAAAUGCAACCAUCUUCACUGAACUUAUUCAAUGGGAUUAGAUGAUCUAUCUAAAAAAGAAGUCUUUCAAAACUUAUGGAUAUUUCUCCGAUGUGUUUUGUUCUACUUAGUAAAUAUAUGUAUCAUCAACAAUGUGCGCACAUUAAUUAUAUGCUAUCCAUACAUAUUACUUGACUAUAUUAUUCAUUUCUGUAAAUAUAUGAUUACUUAUUGAUAGAAAUUUCAAAUAUUUUAAUAACUAUAUAUUCCAUCAUUAACAAUUACAUUCUGAUCGUAUGUAUCAACGCCAUAACUCUUAUUUCCUAUAGGUCUUGAACUUCUAACUUUUACUUCAGUCAGUUCAAUUGUAUGCAAAAUUAUAUGGUUGCUUCUUACUUUUGUCUUUACUUAUUACAUAUUGAACGAAACAAAAUAGUAAUCAUUAAUUUAUAUUUUCCUCACAAUUGCUUGUCUUUGUGAAAUUGUACUUAUAAUAUAUUUCUUAGUUUUGUAAUUCCUUUAAAUAACACAUUGUGUGAGCCACUGUGUAUCUGUUCAUCCUAGUCAUUUGUGACAGCUUUUUCUUUUCUUUUAGUCUAUUUGUAUUUUUCUUUUGGCUGUCUGUGUCGUAUUUAGUUCAACUCCUUUGACACUGUGAUAGUCUUCCUCAUAAUAAUAAUAACAAUAAUAUAUAUGUACAUAUAUAUAAUGUGCAGCGAAAAUAAAACAUCGUCUUAGCUAUUAUUGUUUCUUUGGUGUACUACUCAAUGUGGUUUAGUCACAUAUUUAUUCCAUACAAAAACACAGGUGCUCCUAUCAAUUGAUACUUGCGGUAAAAUAUUGACGAAUUGAUGUGUAAAUUACUUGUUUUGCAAAUUAGUGUAUUAAAUUAUCUGAAAAUCUGGUUCAGGAAUUUAUCAUUCAUUGAUUAUAACCGUCUUAUCCUAAUGGAUGGUAUUGAUGAAAAGAAUGCAAUUCUGGACGUUGAUCGUGUUGUUAGUUAUCAUCACUAAGAUUGAGAAAUCCAUGUAGUGAUUCUAAGAGAGGUUUGUCAAUAAAAUACGUUUAUUCAGUCAAA